GCUGCAAAUUUUCAAGUCUGCGGGUUAGACCCGACUUUUCUUUUGUAGUCCCGGAGGCCCUGCACGUGUUGUCUUUAUUUCAUACAGAACAUAUAUUACGACGAACAAGAGAGGCAUGGAGACCACGGGUUACAUUGCCCCUGAAACCACCAUCCCCACCGAAAAGCUGAACAUAGUCACUCAUGACACAGCUGCAUCUGUGAACCAGAAGACUCCCAUCAGCAUCCUUCAGGAGCUGUGUGCUCGCAACUGCCUCACUCCGGAGUACAAGCUGCUGUCUGUCGAAGGUGCAGUGCAUGCGCCCACAUUCAUGUACAGGGUGCAGGUGGGUGAAGUCGUCGCCAAUGCCACCGGCCAGAGCAAGAAAAAGGCUAAGCACGCUGCGGCCAGGGCUAUCCUUGAAAAGCUCCUCGCCGACGAUGGUCCAUUUGCCAAGUAUCGGGCUGCAGUCAUGGAAGACCUUCCUUCGAUGGAGCAAACAGAGACGGUGCCCGCAGCAGUUGGUGAAAUGGCACCAAGCAACAAUGGGCUUCCUGGCAGCACACCUCUAGCAGGCAGCACUCUUGGAAGCACGGGAACGCCAGCAGCUGGGGCAGAGGAUGAUGGCAUCGUAGGUAACCCGGUUGGAGAGCUGCAAGAGCUCUGCAUGAAACUUCGCUGGCGGCCCCCUUUUUACGAGACCGUCAUUGAGGACGGCCUUCCCCACGAGCGCACUUUCGGCAUCUCCUGCCUCGUCAACAACCUCAACGAAAUGGGCAAAGGCAAGUCAAAGCGCCUGGCAAAGCGUCAGGCUGCUAAGAAGAUGAUUGAACUUAUCAAGAACGUUCAGAAUGGCCUCCUUAACGGCGAGGAAGUGAGUUUUUCAUUUUACAUCGGAAAGGAGUAG